UAAAGUAGUUACGACCUUUUCCUCUUAAGCGAUACACUGACUUCACACCGAACGUCACUCUGUUUGUUUACGUUCCGAUUCACGUGACUUUGUUUUACGCGGGCGAUCGCAAGAAUGCGUCUAUUCUCGGUUUUUAAAUGUCUGAUGGUGAUUCGGAGGUGAUAUCCGAAACCAAUAGUGCGAAAAUGAAUUUGCGGAAUAGAAAAUCGUGGCAGAUACUUUCUUGCGCCGCAGUGUUCGCUUAUAGCACCCUUUUGGUAUACCAGACGUUUUCAGGGGGUGCUCCCGCACAAGAGGUACUUGCUGAAGUGAAACUAAGUGCCAAAACUUACCGUUUAGAGAGAAACCUAGCGGAAGAUAGAUCGUCAGUCGAAAACGACAUUCACGAACUUACAAGCGAAGUUGUUCCUACCACUGCUACUGUCAAGCCUCCAUUGACUACUUUAGAUGACGUUUUCAUUAGUGUGAAAACAACCAAAAACUAUCAUACCAAGAGACUGCCGAUUAUACUGAAGACUUGGUUUCAGUUAGCCAGGAAGCAGAUAUGGUUUUUCACGGAUACGGAUGAUCGUGAAUUCCAAACAAAAACAAACGGCCACAUGAUCAACACGAACUGUUCGUCUUCUCACAGUAGGAAAGCCUUGUGCUGCAAAAUGUCCGUGGAAUUCGACACAUUUUUGAAAACUGAUAAAAAAUGGUUUUGUCACUUUGAUGACGAUAACUACGUGAACGUCCCUCGCCUAGUCCGUUUUUUGGGGGAUUACAAUUUCAGGGAUGAGUGGUAUCUGGGAAAGCCGAGUAUACAGGCUCCUCUGGAGAUUAUUAAGAAGGAGAAAAAAGUACUGAAAAAAAUUAAGUUCUGGUUCGCCACAGGAGGUGCAGGAUUUUGCUUAAGCAGGGCGUUGGCUUUGAGAAUGAUGCCGGUUGCCAGUGAAGGCAGGUUCAUCAGUACAGGUGAAAGAAUCCGUCUACCAGAUGACGUAACAAUGGGCUACAUCAUCGAACACCUACUCAAACAACCUCUGACUGUUGUUGAUCAAUUCCACUCUCAUUUGGAGCCCAUGAAGUUCAUCAGGAGAGAUACGAUAGAAGAUCAG